GCGUGGCAGACUCCGCGUCGCUCGUCCGCCGCAAAAUCCCGGUGGGAAAUGGCAAUGGACGUUCGCGCGACCCACCAUCUCACACAGGUUGUGGCGUAGCGUACCAGAGGGUGGCGCUCGCGGCCGACCGUGCGGCGCAGCACGGCAGCAGCACCAGCUAAGCUCGUGGCGAUGCAGGCGCGCCCUUACCCCGCGUGCCUGCCGGGUCUGGCGGUGGCGGGCGCCGCCGGGUGCGGGAGCAGGCGCAGCGGCCUUCCCCCCUCGACAGGCCGCAUCAGCAGGCGGACUCCCGUCGGCCGAGGGGUUGCCACCAGCGUUCGCGCCGUCGACGGGGCUUCCGCCGCGGCCGCUGUCGCCGCGGCCGCCGACGCCCCGCUCCCGCCCCCGCAGGUCACCUGGCAGAUCGUCGUCGGCGCCGUAGCUGGAGUGACGCCUUUCGUCGUUGCAGGGAUCGAGUUCAGCAAAAGAAUCUUCGCGCAAAAGAAGUGUGAGGUCUGUGGAGGUUCUGGCCUGGUAAUGAAGAAAGACUAUUACGUUCGGUGCCAGGGGUGUGGUGGUUUUCUUCCAUGGCAGUCUUGGAGAAGAUUCUUCACGGGCUGAACGCGGUCAUCUAGCCCCCUGAUCAUCAGUACUUUUACUAGCGCUGUUGCUAAAGAUGGAUAUGGGGAUAUAGGGAAAUUUGUGAGAUACAAGUUGAGCUACUUUGUGUUUCAAGUGUCUUGUCGCUAAACCAAGAAGCAGUACAGGCAUGGAAUUGCUCGUAUAUCCUCUUGUUAGUUGCAAAAUUUAAAAUUCUAAAA